UGUCUCCCAUCAUCGCCACCUUCUUUGCUUCACCUCUUCUCUCCCACACACACCAGUCAAUAUCUCCCAUAAUCUCUUUCAACUUUUUUUUUCUUUUUCAAUUCCCAGAAGAAAAAAAAAAACCCAAUUUUUUUUUUCUAAGCUAUGGAUGGAACUGGGGUUGUUGCAGUUUAUGGAAAUGGAGCAAUGACCGAAACCCAUAACAAAUCCACUUUCUCUGUGAAAGUGGGGUUAGCCCAAAUGCUUCGAGGAGGUGUUAUAAUGGAUGUUGUCACCCCUGAACAAGCUCGUAUCGCUGAAGAAGCCGGAGCUUGUGCCGUUAUGGCUCUUGAACGAGUCCCGGCUGAUAUCCGAGCCCAAGGUGGUGUGGCUCGAAUGAGUGACCCACAACUCAUUAAGGAAAUUAAGCAAGCUGUUACUAUCCCUGUCAUGGCUAAGGCUCGUAUUGGUCAUUUCGUUGAAGCCCAAAUCCUUGAAGCCAUUGGUAUUGAUUAUGUUGAUGAAAGUGAAGUUCUUACACCCGCCGACGAAGAGAACCAUAUCAACAAACAUAACUUUAGGAUCCCUUUCGUUUGUGGGUGUCGGAAUUUAGGUGAAGCACUUCGGAGGAUCCGAGAAGGUGCCGCUAUGAUCCGAACCAAAGGUGAAGCUGGGACUGGUAACAUUAUCGAAGCCGUUAGGCAUGUUAGGUCCGUGAUGGGGGAUAUUAGGGUGCUAAGGAACAUGGAUGAUGACGAAGUUUUCAGCUUCGCAAAGAAAAUUCAAUCUCCUUACGAUUUGGUCAUGCAGACGAAGCAGCUUGGGAGGUUACCGGUGGUUCACUUCGCCGCCGGAGGUGUAGCGACGCCGGCUGAUGCUGCGUUGAUGAUGCAGUUGGGCUGUGAUGGUGUCUUCGUCGGGUCUGGGGUUUUCAAGAGUGGUGACCCGGCUAGACGUGCUCGGGCUAUUGUUCAAGCCGUCACUCAUUAUAGUGACCCGGAAGUCCUUGCUGAAGUUAGCUGUGGGCUUGGUGAGGCUAUGGUUGGUAUCAAUUUGAAUGAUAAGAAUGUCGAGCGGUUCGCAGCUCGGUCUGAUUAGUCUAUUUCGAGCUUCUUGGGGGAAUCCCUUCGUCGCGUUGCGCUAUUCCUGGAUUAUACAGGUGUUUCUUACAGUGGGAUUGUCGUUCUAUGUCGUAAAUGUUCGUUAAGUGACUGGAUGUUUUCAAUAAUUCUGCCUAUUUCAUUUUCUAAAUUUAGAUCUUUUUAAGAUUGGUAGGAAUUAAAGGAACUCAAAUCUCUGGAUUCUGCAGUUAUAGGCUAUGCAGAAACAUUUACCUGCAUUUUCAGGUGGUAUUGGUUCUUCAUAAAAGUGGCUUUGGUUGUUAUCAA